AACUUCAUGAAUUGUCUUAUAAGCCUAAGAGGUCAUAGUCACAUGUAAAAGCAUAAUUUCAAAGUUACCCUCUAACACACACCAGUACAUCAAUGAAUCUCUACCUUUGAUCACCUACUUAAUAAUCUCGAGAUUAAAAUUACCUCAAAUAUAAUUCCCACCGCCCCACAAAAAAAACGACACCAAAAGGAAAAAACUUUGCAUUAUUAUAGCACUUUUUUACUUCACGAAAAGAGAGUGAAAAAUAUAAUGGGGUCAUCCCAAAAAAAGAAAUUUCAUAAAAAUAAAUAAAAAAGGAAAGAUUGUGAUUGUUAUAAACUCAGAAUAUUUGUGGAUCUCUUCUUCACAUUUCUUCUUGGUAUUGGUAUUGUUGCAACUUCACUGGGUAACAGGAAUUUGAUUUUCUGUGAUUUUGUAAAGUUAUUUCUGGGUUCUGAAAAUUGGAUAAAAUUGAGUUUGUUGAGAAAUGGGGAGGCUGUUUGUGGUCAAUUUGGAAGGGAAGAUCUACAGUUGCAAGCACUGUAGGACCCAUCUUGCUCUCAGUGAAGAUAUCGUUUCCAAGUCUUUCCACUGCAAGCAUGGGAAAGCUUAUCUCUUCAAUAAGGUUGUUAACGUCACCCUCGGAGAGAAAGAAGAUAGAAUGAUGAUGACUGGUAUGCAUUCCGUGGCUGAUAUUUUCUGUGUUGGAUGUGGAUCAAUCGUGGGUUGGAAAUAUGAGACUGCCCAUGAAAAGAGCCAGAAGUACAAAGAAGGAAAAUCUGUCCUUGAGCGGUAUAAGGUGUUUGGUCCUGAUGGUAGCAACUAUUGGGUCACUCAUGAGGCUCAUAUUGGUGGAAGUGACGCGGAUAAUGUUUGAUGGCAUGAAACAAAGAUCAUGGUUGAUUGCCUCUUAUUCUCCAAUUGUACAUAAUUUAACCCCCAAUCCUUUCAAUUGAACUUAUGGUUUCCCAAAUUGUUUGAUUAUCAACUCGGCUUUGCCACAUUGACAUAAAUGGGAACCCUCCAUUGUUUCUGAAUUCCUGUAUCAUGUAUUCUGUUCAAACUGUCCUUGUAAAUCAUCUUAAUGUUAAGCAAUUUACUUUGUGUCAAA